AAAAUCCAGCGGUUUUAAUGGCAGCUGUCAGGAUCAAACACAGAGCAACCAACUAUCGCGAGAAACAAGACAGAGCGAGAAAAACGGGUCCAGGCAAGGCAUAGCAAUAUUCAUAUUUAGCAACAACAACAACCUUUACGAGGAUGAUUUUUCCGUUAUGUAGCCUGAAAUGAUGAUGAAAUGAGUACCAGUUUCAACAAUAGACACGGAUGAAAACACUGGGCUGUGAUGUACAGGAUGUGGCUUAACCUCUCUGCAUGUAUGACAGAUGGCGAAGAAGGGGCAGAACUUGUGAAUUCUACGCAUCCAACGUCCCUUACCCAUCCAUUUACUGCCUGUCUCAAUACAUUAUUUUUUUGUUGAAAACAUUUAAUCUAACAAAAUAUGUAGCAAAAGGCGUAGCCUUGGAGAUAUUUGACCUCUCUUUACCCCAUCUUGCAUGGGUCUGGUGCAUUUUAACACUUCAUUUUAGAUGGGGCUGAGCACAACACUUAAAUUCACACUCAUUUGUAAAUUAUUAGACCAAUGUGCCGUGUUUGCCCCCUGUCAGCUGUGCAAUCACUUCAGCUUUCUGUUGUAUGUUUGAAGUAAUUUGAUAGACCAUCAAGUCGAUCUGUGCCCCCCCACCCUCCACCUUUCAGAAGCAUGAACGGCUCUCUUUUAACCCCGCCAAGCCCACGGGCAGCAAAUUCCUCUCCUUUACCUCCUUCUCCUUCCCCAUCUCCAUCUCCUCCUUCUCCAUCUUUGCUACCCCUGUCCCCCCGGCCACCACCUUUGCCACCUCUUGUGAGCCCUCCACCCCAGGCUCACCCAUCCUCCCUGUCAGACACCCCCACACCAUCCCCCUCUCCUUGCCUGAGCUGGACUGAAUUCUGUGAGCUUCACGCCCGUGUUGCAGCUGGUGACUUUGCACGGCACUUUCGGGCUUUUCUCCUGGAAAACCCCCACUACUCCCCAGACUCAGCUGCCGCCUUCUGCCGGCGUUUCACCGACCGAUUUGUCCGUCACUUCCAGAGCGAACUUGAGGGGGCGCUCCCACCAAGCUGUACCUCGGGGAGGGAGGAUAUGGUGAGCUGGGCUCCCCAGUCUGAUGCUACAUCCCUGGAAGAAGAGGCAGUGUCCCCCCUGUCUGCAUCGGGGGGAGUUGUCCCCCCUUGUCCCCCAGUUAAUGCAACACGGGCCGCGUCCAAACCUGCACCGACACGGCUGGUUUUGGAGAACCGCAGCGGGGACCGGUUUCAGGAUUCUUACGCCCACGGACAAGUCCUGCCUCCAUCGUCAUCAUCAUCAUGUUGCUCCUCAUUGGGAGGAAACAACGGAAGGCGUGAAGAGCGGGGGGCCAUGGUUGCACCUGGGAAUGGGGAAGCUCCAGUUGAGGAAGAGGAGGACAGCUGGUUAGGGGUAGCGUCUGUGGGGGAGGAUGUUGAGCCAGAGGAGCGGGACGCAGAUUCCACAGAGGUGGAUGGUGCAGACCCCUCCCACACUCCUCAGAUUCUACCUUCCUCUUCCUCGGUCACUCCUCCGCCUGGCUCCAAAGGUAACAGUACACCCAACUCCAAAAACAAACUUAAAAAGCGCUUUUCCCUGCGGAGUGUGGGUCGUAGUGUGCGGGGGAGUGUCCGGGGCAUUCUGCACUGGCGAAGCUCCUCCAGUGACUCUGCCCAGAGCCAGCUGCCCUCCAGCUACAGCUACACUAUGGGUGUGCAGGAUGCUACCUUGGUUUCAGCAUCCAAAAGGAACUCUGGUACACAGCCUCCCACACCCACCUCCUCCAUGCCUGUGUCACUGUCCAUGCCCCUUUCCCUUCCCCACUCUUCCUCCUCCUCACUACCCCCGUCGUCUUCAAGCAGCGCCACCUCUCUGUCUCUGUCUGAGGCUGCUCGGGACAGGAGGCGGAGCAAUGGCGAAGGAGGUGAAAAAGAGAAGUGGAGCCAUCGUCUCGAAAAACUCAGACUGUCACGAUCCCCUCCUCCUGUCCUUACCCAGACCACCGCCUCCACGCUGCCUCCGAGCAGUGCUGCCGCUGCGGCCAUCGGACCUCCAAGGAAGGUGGGCCGGCUGGUUCGGGAAGGCGGGGUGAAUGUGAGCUCAUCAAGUGACGAGUUGAGUGCAAGCCAUGGCUUCUCUGGAUUCUCAUUCGGUCUACUGCACCACGGAACGGACAACAACAACGCUGCCUCAGCUUCAUCUGCUUCAGCUCAGGCAGCCCCGGUGCAGCCUCUGGGCAGUGGAGGGAACGUGCCAUGGAGAGGAGGACGCUGGCAUAAAUGUCGCCUGGUCCUCAGAGAGCGGGACAGAGAAGGCGCUGAGUGCGGAGAGGAGUACUACUUGGAAUUCUUCAUUCCACCUAAAUCUUCAAAGCCUCGGCUGACUGUCCCUUGCUGUUCAAUCGUGGAUGUGAGGAGCACCACAGCGCUGGAGGUUCCCGACAAGGAGAACACCUUUUUGCUGCAGCUGGAAGGCCUGGCACAGUACGUCAUUGAAACUCGUGAUGCUGUACAGAUGAGAGCAUGGCUGAGUGAUAUAAGGAAUGGAAUAUGUCUAAGUGAACAGGAAGACGCUGAAGGUGUGUGUGGGGGACCGCUGGAUAUCAGUGGGACACCUGAGAUUGUUGACCGACUUUCACAAGCUGUCUCAGUGUGUUACGGAGGUAUUGGAGGCUCCUCCCCUCUGAUGGAUCCUCUCCCUCCAGAGCUGCCACCACGAGCCCCUCUUGAUGAACCAGACAGCAGGAUUCUUGGGGGAGGUGGGGCCAGUCUGGGCACACCUUUUGCUGAGACGCCUGAUGCUACAGGUUCCUUCCUCUUCUCAGAGACGACAGCAGCAGAGGCAGUGGAGCACCCACUUAGUGAAUGUCAGUGGUUCCACGGCACCCUGUCCCGUCUCAAAGCUGCUCAGCUGGUCUUGGCUGGAGGCCCUGCGAGCCACGGCGUCUUCCUGGUUCGCCAGAGUGAGACACGACGCGGAGAGUAUGUCCUCACCUUUAACUUCCAGGGCAAGGCCAAGCAUCUCCGUUUGUCUCUGAAUGAGGACGGUCAGUGCCGGGUGCAGCACCUCUGGUUUCAGUCCAUCUUUGACAUGUUGGAGCACUUCCGGGUUCAUCCGAUCCCGCUGGAGUCUGGUGGCGCUUCGGAUGUCACGCUCAUCAGCUUUGUUGGUGCCACCGCAGUUCGCCAGCCAGGCCGGGACAGGGCAGGCAGUCGGCCUACAGUCUGUGAUGUCAUCACUACGCGCCAUCCUGACUCUCCAUCAACCCCCAUCUCUGACUGUGUACUUGACCAGCAGACCCCGUAGCCCUCCCCAGCCUCCUCCCCUGCCACCUGGCCGACCUCCUCCCCCAACUCCUCCUCAAGAGAGAGCAAACGAGGCCGAGGCAGUGGGAGGAGGUGGUGCUGGUUCAGGAGGAGGUGGAGGAGGAACAGG